AUGCAAACGCUCCAUCAUCUUGUUUGCCGAUGUCCAAUAUUGUCGAGGAAGACUGUGCACUGCCAUCUGGUGGAGUGGGACGUUGUUUUCCCCAUUGUGCAAUGCAUCCAUGUGACAACAUGCUGUAUUGUGAGAGUUGCGAUCUCGUUUUUUGUCAACAAUGUGUCGAAACUUCAUCAAAUAAGUAAUGCCACUGCUCACGGUGAUCCCGUUGGCAAUCGCGGU